UUUCUCAAUGACCGUAGUCUAGUACACUCUAGUGUUUGGGUAUCGGGUGCGUGUUUUCGCCUGCUACCGUCUGCUCGUGCUCGGCCGUCGAGUUUAGAAUGUGCACUCAACUGUAGCUUCGCGCCAGCAUCUUGACGAGCAUGAACUCCUUGAAUAGGCUGUCCGUUCUUAUGAGGGCAGUCGGUGAGCUUUCUUGCGGGAAGACACACACGCGGUUGCACGUAGAGCGUUGGCUUCGCACGGCGGCGCGAAGAGUGGUUCCUCUGUUCGAUGACAGCAAUGCUGUGCCGCCGAGUGAACCACCCACUCAGCCAAAACAGCAGAAGGCUCCGGCUGCUCCAGUGGUUUCUUCUACAAAGGAGAGAGAUUUGCAGGAGAAAGCCAAGGAAAACAAGGAAGCUCGCCUGAGGAAGCUGCGUGAGAAGUUUCGAAUUGAUGAGGGCAACAAAUACGACAAGCUGGCUUAUUCUGUGACGCCACUGUGGAAACAUCCUUACAGGAAACAGCUGAUGUUUAAGUACCAGGACGUGAGCAGGCACCUCCGGCGUCUGGGCCAACAGCUGCGCAAAGUUGAGGUCUCAUUUCCCGAGGACCCCAACGGCCUGCCCUGCCCCGUGCGUCCCGUGCUACCCUCGCCCAUAAUAGAAGGCUACCGCAACAAGGACGAAUUCUCUAUCCGUCGAGGGCCCAGUGGCGAGCCCAAGACUGUGGGCUUCCUUGUUGGCAGCCCUGGUGAUCUGGAGCAGGUGGUGUGCGUCAGCCCCGAGCACAUCGUUGUAUGCAAAGAUAGCCACAAGCGAGUAGCCAAGUCAUUUCAGGAGUACAUUCAGCGUUCCCCACUGCCCGGCUGCUAUGAGACCAACUUCCAGGGCUACUGGAAGCACCUGGUUGUGCGUUCCAACUCUGCCGGACAGCUCAUGGCCAUCGUCGUCAUGCAUCCACAGCAGCUGACACCUGAGGAGCUGUCACGAGAGAAGGAAGGUCUGGUGGAGCACUUUGUCCAUGGCCCGGUUAGGGAGUGCAACCUGUCAUCCCUCUACUUCCAGGCCUGCCGCCACAGCCGGUGCACGCAUGCCCAGGCACCCUUUGAGCUGCUGCAUGGCCUGCCGCACCUGGAGGAGACACUGGGCAACCUGCGCUUCCGCAUCUCUCCCGAGUCCUUCUUUCAGGUGAAUAGCCCAGUGGCAGCGUACUUGUAUGAUGCUGUGCGGCAGCUGCUCCACCCAAAGCCUCAAGGCACCCUGCUGGACAUUUGCUGUGGAACAGGCACAAUUGGGCUGAGCAUGGCUCGUCAACUGCACUCGGUGUUUGGCAUGGAUGCCUCUGCGCAAGCUAUCGAGGAUGCCGCUUACAACGCGCAACUAAAUGGCAUUAGCAAUGUGCAGUACCAGGUGGGCCGUGCUGAGCUGCUGCUGCCCGAGAUGCGCCACCUGUUUGUUGCCGAGGAGCUUUGUGCCGUCGUCAACCCAGGUCGGGCAGGCCUGAACAGCGCUCUGCUGGCUCCAAGAAGUUUUUCUCGUGAAGUUAUAGAUAGGCUGCAUCAAAUGACACCAAUGGUGGCCUUGCAGUCUGACUCCAAAUGAGUUUCGAGUCGCAGUCCAAAUGAGUCUGACUCCGCAACUGAAGAGGCUGAACUACCGCCUACCACAACAAGCUUAAAUGCAGACAUCAUUGAUGACCUGCCGCCGUUAGAUAUGAAGCCUUUGCAGACGUCAAAAGAGCAGUUUUGCUGUGUGUCGAACUGAUUGGUGUCGAAAUGAUUGAACAAGUUCUCCUACCAUCAAGCAGCAACUCUGACUCGGAUGAUAAUGACGUGCUGUGUGCUCCGGAGCCCUCCACAGGCGAAUCUGACUCGAGCCUUUGCAGUUGCAGUCCUUGCAUCGGCCUACAGCGAAACUCAAACUGGCGGAAAUACAGGCAGACUUGGUUGCACAUAAGCAGAAGUGCGUGCAGCAACACAUGGACCACUUGUUCCGUGCACAGGGGCCUUAAAACGUAAAUAAAGUGAUCUUUCUUUAGAUACAUUCGUU